GGCAGCCUCUGCCAAGGCCUCCACUGCUGCUGCACACCUGCAAGUUGGCACAGCACACUUCCAGAAGCGAGCAUACCACAUCUGCCGGCUGCAGCGAGGCAGGAUAGGCUGUGAAAAGGCCUAUGGCCAAGGCCUAGCCACCACAGGGGUGGAGAAGGAGAGACAGCCGGCAAAG